AUGGACUCAAAAAGAGCCCCAAACUUCACCUCGCAAGAGGAAAAAAUAUUAGUGGCUAUGGUCAAAAAGUACAGCCAUAUAAUAGAAAACAAAAUGUCUAAUGUAAAUAUUAGCAAUCAGAAAAUGAGAACAUGGGCAAAAAUUGAGGAAGAAUUCAAUUCCUCAGUCGGUACAAGUUUUCGUGAUGUUAAAGUACUUCGGAAGAAGUAUGAAAACAUUAAAAACAGAACCAAGAGGAAGUUUGCUGACGAGAAAUCCCAUGUAUUGGGUACAGGUAGAGGUUCGCAGAUGGACACCCAAAUUGAUUAUAUAGAUAUGGAUGUAAAAGAAAUUCUAGGCACCCGACUGGAAGGAAGGGCUACAGAAUUUGAUGGAGAUGUCGAGGACCAGCCAGAUGAGGUGUAUAACAGUUAUGUUGAUGAUGAGGCAGAUAGUAAAAGUGGUAUGUUGUAUAAGAUAGUAUAA